AUGAAGAAAAACGUUGGGCUGCUGUCAUUGGUGAACAAGCUAGCUAAGGACAAACGUGGCCUAGGUGUAGAGCUAGCUAAGUCGCACAAGGAUUUAGAGGAAGCCAAUCAGAAGAUUGAGGACUUUGCCUCGGAGCUGUGGUUCUGCUAUGAUGAUGCAGUUGGAGAGAAGUAUCCUUCCCUAAAAUGGAGUUUUCUAGGUGACGAUGCUGAAGAUAUCCAUGCAGAGCAGGAUGGAGGACCAGACGCCGAGCCUGUAGGUCAGAUUGCUCAAAAUGAAGAUCCAAGUACUAGAGAGGCGACUACACGGGAAGGAGACCCGACUGCCCAGGGAGGAGAGCCGACCAUUCAAGGGGCAGAGGCAACCGACGAGGUAGUAGUGAUCACUGUAGAUGAGAUCAGGGGCAAAGAAGCCUAA